AUGUCGCUCCGGCGCCUCCUAGGCCUCUCGGCGGCGGCCUCCGGUCGCUUCCUCCAGCGCCACCGCUCCCUCUCCGCCGCCGCCUCCGCCUCCGGGCGCUUCCUCUCCACGGCCGCCGCCUCGCACCCGCCUCCUUGGGCCAUGGUCGAGCGCCUGUCCAUGGCCUACCCGCUGGCUGAAGUCCGCCUCGCGGAGCCCCCGCUCCCCUCGGAACUCAUCUUGCCGACGGACCUCGUCAACACCAGCGACGAGCCCGACCCGGACGGCGACGUCGAGCAGCUUCUCGGCGGCAAUGUCUCCUCCUCCAGCGGCGCCGGCGGCCUCCUCCUCCUCACCUACACCGACAACCGCAUGGCGUGCCCCGUCAUCGCGCAGCAGGGGGACACGAAGGUGCGCUACAGGACCCACAAGCGCGUCGAGGGCCACGCCCCCGACGUCACCUACCUCAUUUGCAACCCUCUCAGCGGCCAGGUGUUGCGCCUCCCCAACGUCCGCGGCACCACCAAGAUCUUCCGCGAGCACGGCAUGGGCAUCCUCACCCAGUCUGGCCGCGGCCACGGGCUGCCGGACAGGUUCGCCGUCGCCCAGCUCUACACGGGGAACACCAUGGUCCGGUUCCUCUCGGACACGGGCAGCUGGGACGUCGCGUUGGGCGCGCCGGGGCGUCGCGUGAGUCCGGGUGUGCAGCGUUUGGUGGGUACGGUUGACCAGGAGACACUGGCCUUCGGCGAGCGGCUGUGGUGGGUUGACGUCGGCCGCGGCGCCACGUCCGCUGACCCCUUCAGCGACUACACGGAGACCCGCUUCGUCGCGCUGCCCAAGGCCAGCGUGCUGCCUCCCACAGACUACCACCACGACGAAGCCAAGAAGGCGAGGUUCUCGCUGCGCAAGUACCGGCGCAUGGGCGUCAGCGAGGGGCGGCUGCGGUACGCCGAGGUGUCUCAGCAGGAGCCGUUCGUGCUGAGCUACUUCGCGCUCGUCGACGAGGAAGGCAGCGGCUGGACGCUGGAGCACCGGGUGGCGCUCAGCCGGCUCUGGGCGGAUGGAGGCCACCCGUGGCUGCCCUUGCAAGGGAACAAGACGCCGACGAUUGCCGUGCUUGACCCGUUGAACGCCAAUGUCGUUCACCUCAUCGUCGGCGACCACGUUGUCGGCGUGGACAUGCGCAUGGAGAAGGUGAUUGGGAGUUACCCGCAUACCAUUCACGGUGCGCUAGGUUUCCUACCAUGUGUGCUGCCACCGUGGCUUCGAUCAAGCCAGAUCCCGUCUACAGGCAAGGGCACCUCCAGAAACCAGUCUUUUGCACAUGUUCGAGUUCAUUCAGACUGACACCAGAAGAGAUGGAGCGUACCAGGACCAUGCUAACCAUGUUUCUUACAACGGGUGCCACAAUCAAUUAGGACUGAAGCCGAUUGGUAGUUUGUGCAAACUCUCGUUUUGUGUAAAUUAUGGAGAGAAGUUUGGGUUUCUUGGAGUGUGUUGAUCAAGCUACCUUAUCACGUUUUGGAGGAACUAAUUCUGAGCCGUUUCGAAAAAAUCAGCAUGUAACGACCAUUAUUGUGGAACAUGCUACGCUUACUAUGCGUCCCCUGUUUAAUUAUGUUAUGGAAAAGCCUCUAUUUAUUGAUC